GCAUUGCUGCUUUACUCUGCUGCCGUGCACCUCAUUCCGUGCUGCGUACGACUCGCUUUUCUGGUUCCCAUCCCUCUAGGGCUCCUCAGUGCGCUUGUGUCUAGACUAGAGACAUUGGGUACAGUUUAUUGCCUCACCAUUUGAGGUGUCUCAAGAGCUGUCUUUCAGACCGCCUCGCUAAAUUUGAUCUUGCAUCCGCAGCGCCGAAAUCUACGAGUGCUGAUUGGCUCACAUCGCCACCAUCCCUACUGCCGCCGGAUAGCCCCAGCGGCUCUCUCUUGCCCGGCUCGUAGCAUCACCGACUGACCGCGUACUCACCUCGUCGGUCUGCCGGCUUCAGGUUGUCGGGCCGUCUAGGUUUAGACGCUUUCGCGGCACACGAAUAGCCGGCAUAUCCGGUUCAUUCCUCCGCCAGCCACGUGGCACUUCUAGUUGCCGUGGAGAUCCCUCUGCCAAUUCGCAGCGCUGCUGCUGCAUAGGAGCCGUCGAUCUUCGGAGUGCAACUCCAUCUCCGGCGUCAGUAGCUUGAAUUGACCGACAAGCCACGCCUGUGGCCGUUCGCUUUCUCCGAGUUGUUAGACUGCCGCUUUGCUAUAGACGCUUGCAGAAAGUGCAGAGAUCCUGAGGGUCGAGUUCUGAGACGGCUCAAACUGAGCUUGUAGGGAUCCUUAGGGUAGGUCUUGCUGCAGAGCUUGGCACCCCUACCCUUCGAAGUCGCCUAAAAGUCGCGUCGAAACUCCCUGGUAUUCGCGUGACUUCAACUUUCCAUAGGCUUCCUUGGGAGGGGUGAUUCCAAAGAGCACGGUGAAGAGAAAAGAAAUAAAAACUUCCAGUAUCGAGUUGCCGUAUAUCGGAGCAGCCUGCCAGGAUGACCAGCCGGCUGAAUCGGCAGCAGAAGGAGGCGGUGCAGCAGUUCUUGGCCAUCACAGGCACGAGCGACCGAGGGGCAGUGGCGGCGCUGAAAGCCAGUGACUGGAACAUGGAGCUGGCGUUCGACCUCUUCUACUCGUCCUCCACCUCGGGCCAGCAGCUGCGGGCCAUGGGGCGCGCGGCUGCUCCCCGGGUGGACCCAAAGCAGCUGGAGCAGCUGUUUCUGAGAUACAAAGACCCGCACUCUGAGCUCAUUCUUGUGGAUGGCGUUUCCAAGAUGUGUGAAGACCUCGAGGUGGAGCCUCAAGAUAUUGUCAUGCUGAUUCUGUCGUGGCACUUCAAGGCCGCCACGAUGUGCGAAUACUCCAAGGACGAGUUCGUUCAAGGCAUGCAACGAGUGGGCGUGAGCAGCAUGAGUGAGCUUAAGGCGCGGUUACCCGUGCUGCGAUCAGAGAUCAAUGACGACCAUAAAUUCAGGGAGAUUUACAACUUCUCCUUCGAUUGGGCAAAGGAGAAGGGCCAGAAGUCCCUGUCCUUUGAAACAGCCAUCGGCAUGUGGCAGCUGCUGUUCACGGCACGGCCAUGGCGCUUCGUGGACCACUGGUGCGAAUACCUACAGGUGAAGCACAACAAGGCCAUUUCUCGAGACACGUGGCAGCAGCUGCUGGAAUUUACUAAGAUCACUGACCCCUCGCUCUCAUCGUACGACGAGGAGGGCGCGUGGCCGUACCUGGUGGACGAGUUUGUCUCGCACCUGAGGGAGGCGGGAGUGGUGCCCAGCAAGCCCGAUGCCGCAUAGCUUCCAGAUGCCCUUCACAGCUGCUCUCACCUCACCUCACCUCUCCUCUUAGUGCCCCUCUCACUGCCCAUGACAUCACAGUUCCUCACCACCCCUCUUUAGGAUAAAAGCGGCGUGUUCGGCCCUAUUUGUCCCUGCUGAAGAUUCCUGUAUGGGUUUUGAAAAUAAUGUCGACUUGAUAAACCAUUGACAUGACACACCAAGGGCUUUGGUUGCAUCCACAAUUAUUGUAUCAUACACAACCUUUUCUGUAGGCAAUUCAUACGCUGCAAGCGUUUUCAAUGUACUCCGACGUCGGAACAACACGACGGUACAUAUUGA